AUGGCACCCUACGACGAUGACAGCGACUCUUCUGGCGAUGAGCAGGCAGAGUACACCGAAACCAGCGUCCUCCUUGGUUACGCUUCGAAAGAUGCCGACGACGACACAAUCAGUAAACUAGGAGGCCAGCCCGACUGGCUGGACCCCUCAGCUGCCCCCUCUUCGGCGCUGGCAAAAUGCAAGCUGUGCAAGGACGUCAUGGUCCUUCUGCUCCAACUCAACGGCGAGCUACCCGACCGAUUUCCCGGCCACGAACGGCGGCUGUACGUCUUCUCCUGCAAAAAGAAGAGCUGCCGUAGGAGGGAAGGAAGCGUCCGUGUCCUGAGGGGAGUGCGCAUCACACCAGGGAGCAAGGCUGUUGGAGCAAAGAAGGAAGCCAGGGAAGAGAAGCCGGUGCCAAAGGAGACGCCGAAGCCUCAGAGCAACCUAGGAGAGGCUCUCUUUGGCGCAAAGGGGCUCGGCUCUGCUUCUGGCUCUGCGAAUCCGUUUGCGACUUCGAGUUCGGCCGCGAGCAACCCUUUCACCACUUCCAGCAACCCUUUCAGCAGCCCGGCGAAAGCAGAAGCGGAACCCAGUGAAAGCUCCAGCGCGGAGGCCGCUGUAAAGUCCGUGGAUGAGGCUGUCAAGGACCUCCCCAAAUCUUUCGCCGAAACCCUAUCCCUUAACAACACUCAAGUAGCGUCCGAUCCUCCGCCACCACCGGAGCCUUGGCCAGCAGAGAAAGACCUGCCCGCACCGUAUCCAGUGUCUUACUUGGCUGAUGCCGACUACGAAACUCUGGAGCCUACACCACCUCCUGUAUCGCAGGCUACGGCGCGCAUGGAUAUUGACGACUCAACCGGUGGCGGCAAAGAAGACCGUGAAGUUUUUGAAUCUUCGAUGGACGCCGACUUUCAGAAAUUCGCCGACAGGCUCGCCCAGAACCCAGAGCAGGUGAUACGAUACGAAUUCGGUGGCCAGCCGCUGCUUUACUCCAAGACGGACGCCGUGGGUGAGGCCCUUGGCGGCAACCGGGGCAUUCCGAGAUGCGGCAACUGUGGCAGCAAGAGAACGUUCGAGGUGCAGAUGACACCCAAUGCCAUCGCCGAGCUGGAGGCAGAGGAACUGAGCCUGGAGGGCAUGGACUGGGGUACCAUCAUUGUCGCCGUUUGUGACUCGGACUGCCAGGCCCGUGGGGUCUCUGAGGGAGAAGCAGGCUACUUGGAAGAGUGGUCUGGUGUGCAGUGGGAGGAGCUUACUUCUAGACGAUAG